GUGUUUGAGGUAGGACUGAGAGGGAGACAUAACUAUUGUCAAAAUCAAAAUAAAACAAGUAUUGGCUUAGACAUAUAUUGUUGAAGUCAGUGGUUCGUUGUCUAAAACGAAGGGAGUAAGCAAAAAAACAACUCCACAAUUAAACUUCAACCUACAAGCGCCUUGAAGGUUGUUAUAUAAACUAACUCAUAACGACCAAGAAGAUCUAACUGGAUAACAGCAGCCUGUAAGCGGGAUAAGAAGAUAAAGAAAGUGUUACUUGACCCGACUUAUGCAGUGAAACCAGAUCUCUGAAGGCCAGAAAUUCAAUAAAGACCAGAGUUGAAGAGAAGGACAAUUAAAGGGAACCACAGUUCUCAUCGCAACCAACAACAUGGCAUACUCGCAGGUACGCUUGAAAAUCCUCCCCAGUGCUCGCUGUUUUUUUGACAAGCUGGUGCAGAUAAAGGUAGAGGGACUUGCUCCUCACAGACCAGUGGAGCUGAGGUCCAAACUGGUUGAUGACAGAGGGUUACAUUUCAAAGCUUCUGCGUUGUACAAAUCUGAUGAGACCGGCCAGGUGGAUGUCUGCACCGCGCCUUCUCUGGGAGGAAGUUACACCGGCGUGGAGCCCAUGGGUUUGUUCUGGGCUAUGGCACCAGACACGCCACACAAUAAACUCCUGAAGAAGAAUGUGCUCAGCCCAACGCUGGUGGAGGUGGAAGCCCUGCACGGGGAGACCGGCGAGCUGCUCGCAUCUGAAACCAACGAGAGAGAAUUCAUGGCCGAGGGGAUGGCGAGAAUCCCCCUGCAAGAGGGCAAACUACGAGGAGUGCUCUUCAUACCACCAGGAAAAGGUCCAUUUCCAGCAAUUUUGGAUUUGUACACUUUAGGUGGGCGUCUCACUGAACCCAGAGCCAGUCUCUUGGCAAGUAAGGGCUUUGUCGUUCUGGCGCUGGCUUAUUAUCGCUACCAGGGGCUACCAGAAAACCCUCAACACUUGGAUUUGGAGUAUUUUCAGGAGGCCUUAACCUAUCUAAGGAGUCGACUGGAGGUAAAGGGCCCUGGAAUCGGGAUCAUUUCCACCUCUCACAGUGGUGCUUUGGCUUUAGCCAUGUCCUCGUUCCUCUCUGGGAUCACAGCAACCGUCUGCAUUAACGGCUGCAAUGCCAAUACUGUGAUUCCGUUACACUACAGAGACCUGGUCAUACCUCCACUCCCACCUGACAUCGGAAAUGUCAGAAUCACAGAGUCCGGGCUCAUAGAUAUACACGAUGCCCUACCAGACCCCGCCUUGGAGAAGUACCGGGCGUCUUUGAUUCCACUUGAACGUGCCAGCUGCCAGUUCAUGUUUGCCGCUGCUGAGGAUGAUCAAAACUGGAACAGUGCUCUUUAUGCCGAGCAGGCUGCCGCAACGCUUCGAGAGCACGGCAAACAGUCAUUCCAGCUGGUCACCUACCCGAAAGCUGGCCACUUUCUGGACGUCCCCUACAUGCCCUUUUGCCCAUCUGGGAUUCACUCGGCUGUGGGGAUGGAGGUGGUGUUCGGCGGGGAGCCUAAAGCCCACUCUGAGGCCCAGCUGGACCUGUGGGAGAGAGUCCAGCGCUUCUUCAGGAGCCACUUGGACAGCAAACAAUGUUAGCAAACUGUACAUAUAAAGCCAAAGACUGAAUAGUAGUUGUUUCUUGUGAUGCCUUUUUAUUUCCUCUAUUUACACAUGAAUAGAAAUACCAGAGUUGUCAAAUAUUUAUAUAAAAGUAUUUAACACCGGAGACUUUAUAUUAUGACUUUUAUACACCUUGAAUAUUUAAAUUUUGUUUUUUUCAGUACACAAGACACAAAAACAAAAGUGUUCACACUCUUACACUGUAAGUGUGUUAACGCUUGAAUUAAAAGUUUAUGUUUAGGUUAAAGACACAUUUUAUGGAUUUUCUUUUUCCCCCCAAAAUGGACACAAUCCCCUGAGGUAUUAAUGAAAUGUCUGACAUGUUUUGAUCAAAAUACCACAUGAAUGCAGUAAAACAGCUCUUUCCGACGCUACUUUACAGCCCUGUUAAAAGCAAUGAUUUUAGGGGCGUGGAUUUAUACACGGCACCCCUUAAAGCUGCAGGAUGUGCCAAAGUGCCAACAUUCCAACUUCCAGUUUGAGUUGAAGCCAACCAGGAACGUAGAAAAAUGCAGAUCCUUGACUGACCACUGGCUGGCUCCAAAAUCCAGUCGACUCCUGAUUGUUUCAGGACCUUUCCAGCGUAAAACUGCUGAAACCUGCAGUCGAAAAUCCCACGAAGCCAACUUUUAUCGAUCUAGCCGCCACUAGUCAUCCUUACAGCUCCUGCAGCCUUCGCUUCAGACCUCAUUUUUAGGAGUAACAGUUGUAAUAAGGACGUGUGGCCUGUUCGUUCUCCCAAUUUUCAACAUGAUAAAGCCACAGAGGGUUUGUCCAUUUCUAUGUUCCUCUUUCAAAUGUGGUGUUACAGCUUCUUGGUGUUCACUUCGGAAGUGCAGAAGGAUCAGCUCUAUAUUGGCAGUAGAUUCUGUGAUAUCAAAGGUAAACUUAUAACAACGUGGCAGCGAUUGGACAAAGGUGACUGUGCAAACUGUCCUUUUUAUGCACUUUCUGUACAAAAAGAUUAAAUAAACUCAGUUUGUCUCACAGACAUCAUCCAAACUCAAAUGAAAGGACAUUUUCGAGUCUU